GUCUGCAUGGCGCCCAUCAUGUGCUUUCUGUCUGAUUUAUAAUAAAACUACGAAAUUAAACAGGCUAUUAUCUAUUGUUCAACCACAUCCACCACUUCAACACUUAUAUUUCAAAUUACAUAAAAGUGCGAAAACGUUCGAAGUUGGACCAACACUCCUUUCAUCUCUUAAAAUUAUUCCGUAAGGUUUUAUUAAGCCAGUGGGGUGAUCUAUGAUGUAGCGACUCGUAGCUGGGUAUGGUAGCUGGCCACGAGGCGGCGACAUGAGGAGACGAAACAGUUUGGAUAUUGCAAUACGCCGUAAAUAAAACCUUCGUUGAAUCAAAGUAGGUGCAUUGUCCUGAUCGGCACCGAAUAAGCAAUAGGCAUAAAUUAUACAUCUAUGGCAAUAGGCAAAUAAGCAUCGUUAUUCCGUCAUUUAAGUAACAGGGCUGUCACUUUGACUGUGACAGUGUAAACUGUCAAAAAAAUGUCAAAAGUUCAAAAUAAAGUUUAGAUUUGUUCUAAAAUAAUUAUUAUAAAUGAAUUAAAGAAUAUAGACUAGACUUAGUAAAACAAUUAAGAAAUUAGGUUUGUCGAUAGUGACAUAGUGUUAACUUAGAAUAAAUGUGCACGUUGGUGUGGUGAUAAAAAUUCGGAUUUUCAAUACUUAAAGUUCAAAUUAAACAAUGUCGGAAUAUAAUGAAAAUUUAUCAAGAAAAACAAGGUCCCGGAACUUAGAACCAGUGGCUAAGAUUGGUUACAUGGAUGGGGCAUCAGAUGGUCAAACUGCUGAGUUUCAAAAUAGUUUCAAUAUCGGUUAUGAACAAGGAUUUACAUUUGGUUUACAAUUAGGGUCAAAGGAAGCUAUUUCUAGUUUCAACCCAGACAAGAAACCACUAGAUUUAGCAGAUCAACGCAGAAUUAAUUGCCAAAUUUGUACAAACACAGCAAGUGCUCAAGAUAAUGUAGUAAAUUUAUUUAAUAUUCAACAAGAGAAAAAUACUGAAUAUUUAUUACAAAAUAAUAAAUAACUAUAUGGAGAUUGGCGUAAUGUAACUGUACAGUGUUAAGAUGAAGGAACUUUAUAGGUUGUGAUGAUUGACAUUGCUUUUAUGAGUGCUAUGUUUUUUAUCAUACUCAUUGAGAACUAGUUGAAACAAUAAAAAAAAAGGAAACAACAAAAAUUAUACCCUCAAUUUAGGCGUCAAAGUAUUCGUCCGCAUCACUAUCACAGGGUAACGUUCCCAGGAGACUGACAGCAUUACCACGUUGAAUGGCAAUGCUUAUUUUCUGUCCGAAGAAAUAGCCAGCCUUCUGGUUAUGUGUAGAGUCGAAACAAUUGUUACUAUAAUGUUGUGUUUGUUAUAUUACUUUUUGCAUAUUAUGAGAGGCAAGGAGAAUGAAUUAAUUUAUUCUAAUGGAGGAAUGGAGGUUCACACAAAUGGAAGUCCUCCCAUUUAAUGGGUGACUACCAAUAAUAAUUAAUGUUUACUUUUGUUUGAAUCUUUUGUGUAUUGCGUAGGACUAUGGGAUAAAUAUCAGAUUUAUAUUUUAACAUACUAGUUUUAAAAUAAUAAUUAAAAAUAUUACACUAGCUAAUA